AUGGUGGCCUUAUCAUGCUUGAAUGGUGAGCAAAAGUCACAGCUUCCCUGGAUGGUGGAUAGUGGCUGUAGUAACCACAUGACUGGAGAUCUGGAGUCCUUCACCAACAUCGAUGACAAAUACCGCUCUCAAGUCAAGUUGGGAGACAGAAAGAAGCUAAAAGUGGAAGGAAAAGGCACAGUUGUUGUCUGCACAGAAGAAGGCAACAAAACUCUCAUUCGAGAUAUUUUGUAUGUUUCGGAGCUAACUCUCAAUCUACUUAGCGUGGGACAACUGAUGCUGAAAAAUUACAAGCUAUUGUUUGAUAAUGGCGUAUGCGAGAUUAUCAACAAAGCAUACGAUUUCAUGGUGGCCAAAGUCCCGAUGACUUCCAACAGAAUUUUCUCUCUUGCUAUGUCACAAAAUGGUGAAGUAGCAUUCAAGAGUGAAUAUCUGGAUCAAUCCUUCCUAUGGCAUCUCAGAUAA